AUGGAUCCUUACAAGCACCGUCCGUCUAGCGCCUUCAGUUCACCUUUCUGGACUACAAAUUCUGGUGCUCCGGUGUGGAACAACAACUCCUCCUUGACCGUCGGAACCAGAGGACCGAUUCUACUUGAGGAUUAUCACUUGGUGGAGAAGCUUGCUAAUUUUGAUCGUGAAAGGAUUCCAGAACGCGUUGUACAUGCCAGGGGAGCAAGUGCCAAAGGUUUUUUUGAGGUAACUCAUGAUAUUUCUCAUCUGACAUGUGCCGAUUUUCUUCGGGCUCCAGGUGUACAGACGCCUGUUAUUGUACGGUUCUCCACUGUUAUCCAUGAGCGUGGCAGCCCUGAAACCCUCAGGGAUCCCAGAGGCUUUGCAGUGAAGUUUUAUACCAGAGAGGGUAACUUUGAUCUGGUGGGAAACAAUUUUCCUGUUUUCUUUAUUCGUGAUGGAAUGAAGUUCCCAGACAUGGUCCAUGCACUAAAACCGAAUCCCAAGUCCCACAUACAGGAAAACUGGAGAAUCCUUGAUUUCUUCUCUCAUCAUCCAGAGAGUUUGCAUAUGUUCACCUUCCUAUUUGAUGAUGUGGGUGUCCCACAAGAUUAUAGGCACAUGGAAGGUUCUGGGGUUAAUACUUAUACACUGAUCAACAAGGCCGGGAAAGCACACUAUGUGAAGUUCCAUUGGAAACCAACUUGUGGAGUCAAGUGUCUGUUGGAGGAAGAAUGCAUUAAGGUUGGAGGUGCUAAUCACAGCCAUGGCACCCAGGAUCUCUAUGAUUCAAUUGCAGCUGGGAACUAUCCUGAAUGGAAACUUUUUAUCCAAAUAAUGGAUCCUGAUCACGAAGACAGAUUUGACUUUGACCCACUUGAUGUAACCAAAACAUGGCCCGAGGACCUCUUGCCACUGCAGCCAGUGGGACGCUUGGUGUUGAACAAGAACAUUGACAACUUCUUUGCAGAAAAUGAGCAGCUUGCAUUUUGCCCUGCCAUUGUGGUUCCUGGUGUUUAUUAUUCUGAUGAUAAGCUGCUCCAGACUAGGAUUUUCUCUUAUUCUGAUACACAACGACACCGCCUUGGGCCAAACUACCUGCAGCUUCCUGUCAAUGCUCCAAAAUGUGCUCAUCACAACAAUCACCAUGAUGGUUUUAUGAAUUUCAUGCAUAGAGAUGAAGAGGUCAACUAUUUCCCCUCAAGGUAUGAUCCUUGCCGUCAUGCUGAGCAGCACCCCAUUCCUCCACGCGUAUUGACAGGAAAGCGUGACAAGUGCAUCAUUGAGAAGGAGAACAACUUCAAGCAGCCAGGAGAGAGAUACAGAUCCUGGUCAACAGAUAGGCAAGAAAGAUUUAUCUGCCGGUGGGUUGAGGCUUUGUCUGAUCCACGAGUUACCCAUGAAAUACGCAGCAUUUGGAUUUCAUACUGGACUCAGGCCGACAAGUCUCUUGGUCAGAAGCUAGCUUCACGCCUCAAUGUUAGGCCAACAAUGUGAAGCUGGAGGUCCUAUAGUAUGAUUUUGGUUGCUACUUGCUAGCAGUGAUUAAUACCCUCGGGGAAGGAAAUUAUACGUAUUAUAUUCAUGUGUCGUAUUUUGUAUCAUUAAACUGUGACAAUUUCUUAAUAUCAAUAAAUUGGUGCCGCCUAAAUAAGUAAAUAAAAA